AUGUUAGGGACUGUGAAGAUGGAAGGGCAUGAGAGCAGCGACUGGAACAGCUAUUACACGGACACACAGGAGGCCUACUCCUCCGUCCCCGUCAGCAACAUGAACUCGGGCCUGGGCUCUAUGAACUCCAUGAACACCUACAUGACCAUGAACACCAUGACUACCAGCGGGAACAUGACCCCAGCUUCGUUCAACAUGUCCUACGCAAACCCGGGCCUGGGCGCUGGCCUGAGCCCGGGCGCGGUAGCUGGCAUGCCAGGAGGCUCCACGGGCGCCAUGAACAGCAUGACGGCUGCAGGCGUGACGGCCAUGGGGACAACGCUGAGCCCCGGCGGCAUGGGCGCCAUGGGCGCGCAGCCCGCGGCCUCCAUGAACGGCCUGGGCCCCUACGCCGCUGCCAUGAACCCGUGCAUGAGCCCCAUGGCAUACGCGCCGUCCAACUUGGGCCGCAGCCGGGCGAGUGGCGGCGGCGACGCCAAGACUUUCAAGCGCAGCUACCCGCACGCCAAGCCGCCCUACUCGUACAUCUCACUCAUCACCAUGGCCAUCCAGCAGGCGCCCAGCAAGAUGCUCACGCUCAGCGAGAUCUACCAGUGGAUCAUGGACCUCUUCCCUUAUUACCGGCAGAAUCAGCAACGUUGGCAGAACUCCAUCCGGCACUCGCUAUCCUUCAACGACUGCUUCGUCAAAGUGGCGCGAUCCCCGGACAAGCCCGGCAAGGGCUCUUACUGGACGCUGCACCCGGACUCCGGCAACAUGUUUGAGAACGGUUGUUACUUGCGCCGCCAGAAGCGCUUCAAGUGCGAGAAGCAGCCAGGGGCCGGGGGCGGAAGCGGGAGCGGGGGUGGCGGCGGCGGCGCCAAGGGCGGCCCGGAGAGCCGCAAGGACCCCUCGAGCGCCGCCAACCCCAGUGCCAAUUCGCCCCUUCAUCGGGGCGUGCACGGUAAAGCCGGCCAGCUAGAGGGCGCGCCGGCCCCCGGGCCGGCUGCCAGCCCCCAGACUCUGGACCACAGCGGGGCGACAGCGACAGGGGGCGCCUCGGAGUUGAAGACUCCAGCCUCCUCGGCUGCGCCCCCGAUCAGCUCGGGGCCCGGGGCACUGGUUUCUGUGCCUCCCUCCCACCCGGCGCACGGCCUGGCACCCCACGAGUCGCAGCUGCACCUGAAAGGGGACCCCCACUACUCCUUCAACCACCCCUUCUCCAUCAACAACCUCAUGUCCUCCUCGGAGCAGCAGCACAAGCUGGACUUCAAGGCGUACGAGCAGGCACUACAGUACUCGCCCUAUGGCGCUGCGUUGCCCGCCAGCCUGCCGCUCGGCAGCGCCUCGGUGGCCACCAGGAGCCCCAUCGAGCCCUCAGCCCUGGAGCCAGCCUACUACCAAGGUGUGUAUUCCAGACCCGUCCUAAACACUUCCUAGCUCCCUGGGACUGGGGGUUUGUCUGGCAUGGCCAUGCUGAUAGCAAGAGAGAGAGACACAGAGAGAGAAAAUCAACAGCAAACAAAACCACACAUACCGAGCCGACAACAGCAUAAUAAAAUCCCAACUAUUUUUAUUUCA